AUGUCUAUCCUCCUUGACCCCGCCGACUUAGGCUUCAAGCGCCCCUUCAACCGUGAGGUGUGCCAAGUCUUGCACCUCACUAAUAACAAUCAAGACGCUGUUGUCUUCAAGGUUAAAACCACUGCACCCAAACAUUAUUGCGUUCGACCGAACUCCGGGCGGAUAGAACCAGGAAAACACGUGGAAGUGCAGGUGUUACUGCAGGCGAUGAAGGAUGAACCGGCCCCUGACGCCAAAUGCAAGGACAAGUUUCUUGUUCAGACUGUGGCUGUCACCAAAGACAUGGAAUUCGCCAACGUCUCGUCUAUCUUCGAAAAAGCCACAAAAUCGUCUAUUCAAGAGCGCAAAAUCCGAGUAACUUGGCAACCCGCCGACGACCCUUCAGCUGAGAGCCAAGAGGAACCGAAUGGCACGAAUGUUACCGAAGAAGAACCCCCCGCAUAUUCUUCCCCCAAGGGCAACUAUGAAACUCCCGCUGCUCCUAUUGCUAAAGGCACCAACGACUCAUCUCCCAUACCUCCGCCCGAUUUCAACGACAGCGACAAGCGCGAAUAUUCCACCCCGCAAGUGAACGAAACCAAGGCAACGUCAGCGAAGUCCCCGACAGCAAGCAGCGGAAACACGAAUGUUGACUAUGAAUCUCGGCUGUCUGACGCCAACGCUCAGAUCCAGCGCUUGAAGGAAAAACUCGCAGACCAAGGCUUGAGGCAACGAAAGAUUGGCGGCGAGUCUGACAAGUCUCCUGCGGCACUUGUGCAGCAACAGGCACAGUCCAUCGAGGCUGGUGUACCUGUGAAGAUUGUGGCCGGGCUCUGUCUGCUAAGUUUUCUGAUUGCCUACUUCUUUUUCUAG